UCGGAAUGCAUCGGUUUGCUGUGGCCCUAAUAUUCGCACUUAUUGCGUGGCAAUCGAUCGGUUCUUCGGCUGAAAUCCAGUCGGUGUGCCAGUUGGAGGAUCCGCCGAAGCAAUGCGGCGAGUUCUGCCUCACGGUGCUGCAACCGAUCCUGGAUCACAUCGCCAAGCACCAGGAGCAGUGGAGCAAUUGCAGCGUCCGGCAGGCGGGUGAGCUGCUGGCGAGGCUGGACAAGAUCGAGAGCCUGCAGUCGGCGAUCCACGUUAAGCAGAAGGUCCUGCAGGCGAGUUGGGAGAGUCCCGCCUUGCCCAAGGACUUCGAGGAGCGACUGGAGAGGAUAGAAGGUCGCCAGGCAGAGCUACUGAAGGGGAUCUCCAAGGUGGACAGGAAAACUGUUCCGGCCAGGUUCGAGCUAAUCGGCUCCAGGUUCUUCUACGUCGAGGAGGAACUGCGUCGGAAUUGGUCCUCUGCCGCAAUCACCUGUCGCCGAAGGGGCGCUCAACUGGCGGUGAUCGAAGGCGAGGAGGAGCUGAAGGCCCUGAGGACGCGGCUCAACAAGGAACGCUCGUAUUGGCUGGACAUCAACGACCUGGACACCGAGGGCCAGUUCAAGUCCUCGGCCACCGGCAAAGAGCCACCGUUCUACAAGUGGAGAGCCGGGCAGCCCAACAACUUUGACGGCAAACAGCACUGCGUUGAUCUCCUGGACGGGCUCAUGUACGAUAAUAAAUGCGACACCCAGAGGUACUUCAUUUGCCAGUCGGACAGCGAAAAUUGAUAGUGGAAUUAUGGAGAACCCAAUCCGAUAUUCCCACGAAACACUUUUACUCUGCUAUUUUAAAGCUCCUAGUUGAAACGCUUAAACGCUUUUAUCACUAACCUCAGGGGCUUGAAAACAAGACAUACAAAACAACAUUUGGAUAUAAGUACAUACAUUAAAAACAUGUUUGAAUAAAACAUUUUGGUAGAAAGCACA